ACCUAGGUACUACCUCACCCUUAUCACUCGAGCAAGGCCAGAAUCUUAAAGGCUACGUUUCUCAUGACUUGACAUGACUGUCGAUUCAGACCUCAUAGCAUCUCUGGUGCAACGAGAGUUUGGAAAACUGCCAACUAAGCGGAAGCCUGUUAUCCGUGACAAUGGUCUUCACGAAUGGGUGCCCCUGAGUGGCAUCGUUUCUGAAGAAAAAGAUGGCAGAUUAACAUGUCUGGCCCUAGCAACAGGCAUGAAAUGUCUCCCUUCAUCUAAACUGCCACAAGCUCAGGGGAACGUACUUCAUGACUGGCAUGCCGAGGUACUCGCCAUCCGAGCUUUCAACUGUUUUGUGCUAGACGAAUGUCGGGCACUAGCAAGCGGUUCAAAGAGUUCAUCCCCGUUCAUACGACGUCGGGAUGGUGCUGAGAUAGCCGCUAUCCCUAAUUCCGUCGAGCUUCAUAAUGGUGACGAAAAUUGGCACAGCCAGCCUUUUGCGUGGAGAGAGGAUGUGAUACUGCAUAUGUAUUGCUCUGAAGCUCCUUGCGGGGAUGCCAGUAUGGAGCUCACUAUGGCAUCUCAAGAAGAUGCAACACCAUGGAGUAUACCAGUGGUCCCACAACAGGAGACUCUCUCCAUUCCUUCUAUUGUCCCGGAUUCAGCACCGGACACACUCCUACCCGGAAGAGCCUACUUCUCCCAGCUCGGUAUCGUCCGCCGCAAGCCUUCAAGAGGCGACGCCCCGUCAACCCUAUCAAAAUCCUGCUCAGACAAGCUAUCUCUCCACCAAUGCAUGUCUCUCCUAUCCUCGCCAACAUCCCUUCUCGUGAGCCCCGAGCACGCAUACAUAUCUACUCUCAUUCUACCUACGUCUCAAUACAGUGCCUCGGGGUGUAAACGGGCAUUCUCAGAUGGCCAAGGCGAAAAGGACGCCGGUUCGCAACAAGCCCGCAUGGCCCCAUUAGUCGCACAAGAUAGUAACGGCAAUCAAGGAGGAGGAUACAAUUUCCGCCCCUUCACUGUGAAAACAACGGAUAUCGAAUUCGCUUACUCCCGGAGAGCCGCAAGCAAUCCCCAGGAACCAAACAGCACGCCGACCGUCAAACCCAAAAUAACCCCAAGCAACCUCGCCGUAGCCCUAACAGCAUCCAACCGCGUCGAGACAACGCUCAACGGCGUUCUCCAAGGCCACAAAGCAUCGCAGGCGCACAUCCGUGGGUCGAGCUUCACCUCGCGGCGGCGGCUCUGGAGCUCGGCCGUCGAGGUGGCGAGUCUACUACCACUCGCGAACGCCCAAGACAUCGGGAGCAUACAACCCGUCCAGCAAGCCCUUGGCGUUCCCAUUUCGGCGGGAACAAGGGCAAAAACAUACCGAGAUCUCAAAGGCAGCUCUCUCUUAGAGCCGCGCCGGCGCGCUAAGCAGGCGGCCAGAGACCUCGCGUUAAAGGGGUGGGUACGAAAUAUAGGAGAUGAGGAUUUCGUGCUUUGAGAUGUAUAUAUCUAUAUAUAUAUAUAUAUAUACACGUAUACAUCUCUAUGCUGAGAAUUAUCUAUCUAGACAAUUGAUAUCUAGCUCC